GGAACCGCUACAAAGGCUUUAUCCAGGAUUAUCCAGGUGUAGUGAGCGAGCUGACGUUUGAGACGCGCUUUCGGGCAGGUCGAGGUGCUCGCGCACAGCCUCGCGCCACACAAUCGGUUCAAGUACCGUCGCUGUUUCUGCUCCGUCGGCAGUUUCGCGAUUUAGAAACAGGCAUGCGGUAGCACAUUUGCACAAAAGAAAAGGAAAAACGAAAAGAAAUUCCCACACCGGAGGAUGCGUGCUGGCAUGUCAUGUCGUGCGUGGAGCUCGCGCUGGUGAAGGAGUGCCUCUGUGAGAGCACAUGAACGGAACACCAUGUCGGAGCAGGCUUAUGGCUUGACUUUAUCCACUGCACCUCCACUUCGCAGAGGAAGCACCCCGCUACCUAUCAAGCACCUGUUAAGGCGAGAGGAAGCCGUCUCUGAGGAUUAUGAUUGGAUGCCGGGGCUCGAUGAGCCUUCUGCUCCAUCCUUUGGCACCAGCGACGCUCCAGAUGCACCGCUCCUUCUUAAGGCUCCAGAGCAAAAGUACCAUGGACCACUGCGGAUUGUCCUGUUAGGGCAGAACGGAGUGGGCAAAUCGUCACUGGCCCUCUCUCUCGCUGGUCUGUCUGACAGAUCACUUUCAGUAGACUCUGAAACACAAGCAAGCGAUGAAGGAUAUCUGCGAAGGGUGACGGUAGAUGACGAGGAUAGCUCAAUCUUGGUGUAUGACAACUGGAAACAGGAGCUCUCCAUGCUACAAUGUGAGGUGUGCAUACUGGUGUUCUCGUUGACGGACCGCCAUAGUUUCCACCGCGUGUCUCAGCUGCGCUUGCUCCUGAGGGAGAGCCACCCCAACACUCCCAUCAUCCUCGUGGGCAACAAGAGCGACCUAGUGCGCUCCCGUGAGAUCAGCACAGAGGAAGCCCACUCCAACGCCAUGAUAUUCGACUGCGUGUACCUGGAGCUCUCAUUCUCUCUGGAUCACGGCACUAAUGAGCUCCUGGAGACGGCAGUGAGGGCUGCCAGGGGCCACAGCCUGGGACCUGGCUGGACCGAGGGAUCCCCCGGAGGUGGCCGUCGUCAAAGCCUUACCAGCAGGGCCAAGCGUUUCCUGUCAGGCCUGGUGCCGCGCUCACACCAUGGCCGCGAACGCAUCCGUGAGCAAGAGCGACACAAAGGCUGCCGAAUGCUACGGCAGAAAUCUCGCUCCUGUCAUGACCUCAGUGCCCUGAUGUAGAAGGGAAAGAUUAGUAACUAUAGACAGAAAAUGAAACCAGAAAUCAAUUUUGUCAGGUUAAAUCCAUGAAAACAUUGUUUGUUUUGGCAUCAUUCAGUCCCCGCUGAAACUAUUAGAAUGCAAAGGCCAGUUCAUUUGUUUGCACUGUACACCAAAGACAUUUGGGUUAGAGAUCAAAAGAUGGAUAUGAGACAAGAGUUUAAGAUUUGAGCUUUUAUUUCCUGGUAUUUACAUCUAGAUGUGUUAAACAACAUAAAACAUAGAAUAUCAGACCACCCGAUUUUUAGGUGAGCAAAAAUAUAGAAACAAAACACUGAAGUAAAUUAAAGUAAAUAACACUUAAAAUAUAGUUGCAUAUCCCUUGCUUGCAAUAACUGUAUCAAGACUGUGACUUGUUUUCAGGAGGUGAAAAGUUGCUCAAUUGGGUUAAGGUCCGGUGAUUGACUUGGCCAGUCUAAAACCUUUUACUUCCACUCAAUGUGCUACAUUCUAUGUUAUGUAAUACAUUUACAUAUAAAUACCAGGAAAGAAAAGCUGAAAUUCUGAACUCGCUAAUCUCAAACCCAGUCUUUAGUGUACAGCAAAAACAAAUGAAUUGGCUUUUCCUAUUGGCUAGUAGUUUCAGAAUGGACUGUAUAUACAGUAUAUCAUACACGUGGCGGUCUGGGAAAACCCUUUGGCUAUCGCUGUGGCUAAAUUCUGGAAACCCAAAAAUGCUGAAAAUAUACUUUGACAGCUUUACCUUACCGGGUGUCCUCAUCAAAACAGAGAAGCACUUACACACUUUGUACAAAUGACAGCAGACAAACAUUUUUAAACAUGUUUAAAUGACCUAAUAAAAAGGCAUUAAUAACAACGUGAUUUUGUCAGAACUGACAAACGCAGCUCAUGAUUUUUUUUUUAAACCUCA